CCUUUUGGAUACCUUUUUGGCCACCUAUCAUAUGCUCUCUCAUUUUCUUCUCCCUAUAAAUUUGUCAACUUCUAUAUCACAUAGAGAGAGAGGAGAGAGAUAUGCUAACUCAUGAACUGCUCCUAUGGUUGCCCCAGCCAUAAGCAUUGUUAUUAGGGUUUCAUGCAGGGCAAAGCAGCUGGUUUCUGCUGCCUGAUUGCCGAAGCCGCCGGAAUCUGCGAAGUCUCCACGAGCAGCGUCGUCGGAUAAGGCAGCCGGCACGGCAAUGCCGGUUCCCCUUGCCCCCUAUCCAACUCCCCCAGUGCCAUUUACACCUCCCAAUGGGGCGCAAAGUCAGCUUGUCUGCACUGGGUGCAGGAAUCUUCUCAUGUAUCCGGCCGGUGCAACGUCGGUGUGCUGCGCAGUCUGCAGUACCGUCACCGCCGUCCCGGCUCCUGGAACCGAGAUGGCGCAGUUAGUUUGCGGAGGAUGCCAUACUCUCCUGAUGUACAUACGUGGUGCGACAAGUGUACAAUGUUCUUGUUGCCACACUGUUAACCUGGCUAUGGAAGCAAAUCAAGUUGCGCAUGUAAAUUGCGGGAACUGCCGAAUGCUGCUGAUGUACCAGUACGGUGCUCGGUCUGUCAAAUGCGCAGUCUGCAAUUUUGUGACAUCAGUUGGGGCCUCACCUGGUGCAGAGCAGAAGCCCAGCAACUGAAGCCCCUGGAAGUACUGAUACCACCACUGGAGGCAGCUUCUGAAAGGAUGCUUUGCGUGCACAUGUAUAGAGUUGUUCCAUGAAGCAAUUUUUUCCUUAAUCCCCCUUCUCCCAAUUUCUGCGUUCCUUCGCUGGACCUGGCGGGCUACCGGAAUAAAUGAGAGGUUUUGGAAAUAAAUAGCGCUCAACUUCGUCGACUUGUCUGUAAAAUUGAAUCCAAAAAUAUACAUAAACCUAUGAUGUUUAGGCAUUUCCAAAUGGCCAUUGUGAAUUAUGAUUGCCUUUUGUCAA